CCUGGCCCCCUCCCCAUCCCCAUGACCCCAGGUCAAGCAAUCUUCACUACCCCGAGCCCCCACGAGCCCGGGUGUGACUCCCUACACACAGGUGCCCCCGAUCCCCCCCCCGGGCUCUCCUGCUUCAGGCGCUGCAGCUCCGGCCCCUUCACCUGCUCCUGGCCACCCCAGGGCCCUGCCGGCAUCACCACCUACGUCCUCGUGCUCUGCUACGUGAGCCGGCAGCUGUGCCAGCAGCACGACGCGGGCACCGCCACGGUGCGCACCCUGACGCAGCACAAAGUUUAUGUCCGUACCAACGCCACGGCCUGGGUGGAGGCGCGCUGGGAACAGCAUCUGGAGCGCAGCCCCAACAUCACCCUGCACCUCGACGAGGCCGGUGAGUGCCGGGAACCGGGCGGGGCG